GCGUCUCAACAAAUCUUCACACUAUUACAUCCUCUUUUCGCUUUUCAAAAAGCCCAUCAAACCUCAAGACAAAAUGCGUUUCUCUAUCGCCUCUCUCGGUCUCUUCCUUGCAGUCGUUGGAUCUGCCGCUGCUGCCCCAUCUGAGCAGGUUGCCCGUGGAAACACUGAGUGUGGCCAGGACUUCAAUGGCGCGAAGACUUGCGUCGCCAACUGCGCCAAAGGAAGCUGCCAUGUUAUCGCCCUGGGUCCCCUCCACCAGUGCAGAUGCUAAGCGGAAGGGAUUGAUUUAUUCCACAGCUUCCAGUGCGGAAGUGCUAUAGAGGGUUCGGGUUGGAUCACUGUGACCAAGAGGGGAAGGGGAGCUAGCGGGAGUGACGAUGUGGCCACGAGAGCAUGUAAAUAGGAGCCUGGUGCUCGAUUGGAAAUACAACCAUCAUGUUUGUUUUACAGUCUACCAAGAAUACGUGAAAUAAAGACCUUCAACAUGUCCA